CCAUACUGCUUUAAGAACGAAUUAAAGUGCUCCAUUUUGAAAAGAAUCAUCAUCUUUUUUUGAAGUUUGUUAUUGUAAUAUUUUAAUAUUAGUAAUCUGCUUUGAAACUGUAUUUAAAAGAAUGCUAAUAAUUCUCUUUUUGUUUCUCAGUUUCUUUAAUGUUGGCCUGCUGAGAGAUCUGAUUUCUACUGUAUUUCCAGUGAUUUUCUACUGAAAUGCAAAUAGAAAAUAUGUUUUAUAUAAAUAUCAAAGCCCCUCGGUCAUGUCACGAUUACGUAAUUAUCCUCAUUUUGAAAGGCAGUCAGUCUUUUCCGCCUCACAGUCUGAUCUUUGGACAAUGAAAGGCUUCAUUAUAUUAGCGGUAAGAGAAACGUUUCUCUCUCUCUCUCGUUUAUAUGUUUAUUGGAUGGUGACGCAUGUUUAUACGGUUGUGACCAUAGAUAUGUACACAUGCAUAUGUAUGGGUUGUGACGGUGAUGAAAAUUUCUCACCGAUUAAUCGACGUGUGCCACCACCGGAAAUACAGGUAUCACCGGAAGAGAGGAGAGCGGCUUUGAACUUUCAAUUCAAAUUAGCGUAAAUUCUGCGUCAUUUCCUUGAAUGGACAACAACAAAACAAUAGGGUCUACAACCACAAACUCACUUAUAUUAAACAUAGAACUUUAAUUAAAAAACGAAUACACCAUGCUAUAUGCCUAAUAUAAAAUAACAAAGUAUGUUGUAUAUAUAUAUAUAUAUAUAUAAACAGCUAUCACUGUGGAACCAAAUAGUAAAUAGGCCUAAGAAAUAUAAAACGUUAAUUAGCAAAACGAAUAAGAAAGUUGGUGGAACGGCAUACACAUUGAUGUAAAAUAAAAUAAAUAAAUUACACAAAGUUUCAAUAAAGUAGAAAUCUGGAAACACUGUGUAUAACCGAAUAAGGAACGAAUAUAAAAAAAAAAAAAAAAAAAUCAAUUACUUAGACAAACGGCAAAAGUCAACAGUCUUUUAAAAAUCAAUUUCCAUUUAAAAAUGCAUUUAGUUUAGAAACUAAAUCUUCCGCCAUCGUCUUGUCUGUCUCACUUCACUCUUUUCGUCGGUCAGGGGUGCGUUUCCCUAAAGCAACUAUUGUCUCAAGUUCCGUCACCAAUAGAGUUCAAUAACGACCAACGACAUGAACAUUUGUCAUCGUGUAAUUUUGCUUUUAAACAAAGACUGAGAGUGUGUUUAUACCACACUUGACCUCAACAUUUGACCUUGUGAACUGUGAACCCCCCCCUGACUUGCAUGUUUAUUCCACAAAUAUUUGACGUGGAAUGGUUGUAAUGUCUGCAAAGUUGGCAAAUGGCUUGCCAUUGUAAUAAAAUAGGAAUUGUAAUCUUGCCAGUCAAUCAAGUUUGGAAGCAUAUAUAUGGAGUUUGCCCAAAAUCACUACUGUGUUUGAACAAGGAGGAAUGUCACAACCCGACAGCGGCAGCUACAGCAUUGCUUUCAUUGUCAGUGUCAUCUGUCCUGCGGUUUACAUGCAAGAUGUCUUUGUCUACGGCACGCUGAAGAAAGGCCAGCCCAACUACUUCAGGAUGGAGAACACUUCCAACGGUCAGGCCGUGUUCCUCGCUCGCGCUCGAACCGUAGAGCCAUACCCGCUCGUGAUCGCCACCAAACACAACAUCCCCUUCCUGCUCAACGCGCCCGGGACGGGUCAGCGCGUCUACGGUGAGAUCUACCGCGUGGACCAGAAGAUGCUGGAGUUUCUGGACAAGUUUGAAGGCUGUCCUCAGUUCUACCAGCGCACCAAGAUCCAGCUGGAGGUGCAGGACGGGGACGCUGAAGGAGAAAACACACUGAAGCCUGGAAGCAUCGAGGAGGCGUUUGUGUACAGAAAGACUACAUAUGAGUCCGAGUGGCUCCAGAAACCAACAUAUGAGAGUUAUGAUGCGAACGGUGAUCACGGACUGAAAUAUAUAGACAGUGACACGGAGUCUACACCAGACACGAGCAGCGCAACGCAACAAAAUACUGCAGAACCCAUUAUAAUGAGAGAUUCUGUCUACACUGGAUGCGGCACGGCGCAAUGCGACAUGACAAAUCCCCAACAGUAAACUGAUGCCUCAUUCUGUUCAUGAUGUACUGACAACAAAGUUCAAAUGAUUUGCAACGGUCACUUUGUCAGGUCCAGUGUAGAUAGCCUCUAGCUGUUGCUUAAAUUUUAUACAUAAAUUUUAUAUAAAAUAUAACAAUAUAUAAUUACAAUAUUUUUUUUUUCACAGAGAGACAGACACACACACACACACACACACACACACACUUCUCCCUGGUACACUAUACAGGAAAACCCACCUUACUAUUCAUUGUUCAGGCUCAAUCUGGUUUUGUCUCAGCUACAAUAAACAAAUCAUGUAACAGGCCAGAAGCAUUAUUUAACACAAUAAAUAAGCUCAACAAACCUCCAUCUCAUGAUGCUUUAGCUUCAGAUCAAUGUUGCUGUUCCUUCAUGAAGUAUUCACUGUGUUUGUCUAAUGAGGCUACG